AUAAAAAGGGCACUUAGAGCCUCAUACUCGUUCUUCCUGUUAUUUUCAGGUCGUUUAACAGUUACUCCCGGCCAUGCCCGAGCCCGCCAAGUCCGCCCCGGCCCCGAAGAAGGGCUCCAAGAAGGCGGUGACCAAGGCGCAGAAGAAGGACGGCAAGAAGCGCAAGCGCAGCCGCAAGGAGAGCUACUCGGUGUACGUGUACAAGGUGCUGAAGCAGGUGCACCCCGACACCGGCAUCUCGUCCAAGGCCAUGGGCAUCAUGAACUCGUUCGUCAACGACAUCUUCGAGCGCAUCGCGGGCGAGGCGUCCCGCCUGGCGCAUUACAACAAGCGCUCGACCAUCACGUCCCGGGAGAUCCAGACGGCCGUGCGCCUGCUGCUGCCCGGGGAGCUGGCCAAGCACGCCGUGUCCGAGGGCACCAAGGCCGUCACCAAGUACACCAGCGCCAAGUGAGCCCGCCUGCUGCAGAGCAAUCGAGGCUCACCUUUUCCGAUGUCACCAAAUCAGCCUCUUUGGGGGUUUCAAGAGUAAAGCAGAUGUGUGGUAUUAAAAAACAAAACCAAUUAACAAAAAGCACAAGGACAUUUUUUUCCAGACUUGAAUAAGGAUAAAAAGUUCCUAUCAACUCCUACAGAGUUGAACAUACAUGUAAGUAUUCCUAGGGGUCAAUGAAUAGGACUGCUCCAGCUUAAGACGACUUUAGAGGGCCCGAAAAGUGCAAAGAGCAUGGGUGGGGUAGACUGGAAAGACAGAGACCCCUCCCCCUGCAGAUGCACCAGAAUUCCCACUGAUAGAAGGAAGAAUAAAAUCAG